GGGGUGUCUCGCCGCCGGAGGUCGGUAGGGCGGCCGCCCUUCCUUGCUAAAUUAUCAACGGCGCACAUUCAGCUCCGCCUUCCCCCGCAUCACGCACCGCAUACCCAUCCCCACCCCAAUAAACCCCGGCCGCCUCCUUCCUCCCUCCGGCGACCGCACCGCCCCCUCGCAAAUUCCUUCCUCCUCUUCUCGCAGCCCCAGCGCGCUUCCCAAAUGCAGGCAGCGGCGGCGGAGCUGGCCGGGCCGCUCCGCGACCUUCUCCCGCCGGUGGACUUCUGCUGCGCGUACGGCUCCACUCUCCUCCACGCGCCCCCCGACCGGACGUCCAUGGUAGACUACAUCCUCGGAGUCGCUGAUCCCCACCAAUGGCACUGUGAGAACUUGCAGAGGAACCCCGUGCACUACUCCAGCUGGAUGGCGCGACUGGGAGCCGGCGCCAUCACUGGGCUGGCGGACCAUGUCGGCGUCGGGGUGUACUUCAACCCGUUCGUGGAGUGGAAGGACAAGAGGAUAAAGUAUGGGGUGGUGCGGAUGAGGGACCUGGCCAUGGAUGUCCUGACCUGGGACAGGUUCUACCUCAGCGGCCGACUGCAGAAACCGGUUCAUGUUCUUGUUGAUAACUGGGAUAUAAAGAAGGUUAACACAAUUAAUCUAGAAAUGGCAACUUCAGCUUCUCUACUCCUUUUGCCAGCAGAGUUCACUGAGUAUGACCUAUACGCUCAAAUUUGUAGUCUGUCAUACAUGGGUGAUUUGAGAAUGCUAUUUGCAGAAGACAAAGAUAAGGUGAAGAAGAUUGUUGAGGGUAGUUUUCAGUCAUUUCAAAUGAUGUACAGACCCCUCUUGCAGGAGUAUAUUGCUGAAGGGCUAUUGAAGACAUCAUCUCAUGGACAACAAAAGAGUUUUCAGCAGGAUUGCAGUCGGUCUGCGACAAAUGAACUGUUUUCUGUUCUUCCAUGGACAAUUCGAAGGCAAAUGCAAGGGAAAUACACAUUGGGUGGCAGAGAAAUGCCAACACGCACCGCUGUUUCUUCGAAAGACAUGGCAGCAAACUGUGUUCGAAGGGCCCUGAGGUGCAGGGUAAUGGUUUCAAGUGCACGUCAAGCAGUGUCUGGACUGCUUGCCUCUGGUGGUGUUGUUGCUGCCCAAUAUCUGGGGAAUAAGAUGGCUAAGGCUUGGAAAUCUAGUGGAAUUUAAGAUAUUCCUAACACCCUGUUUUCUAUUUCUUCUUCGCUUUGGUAGGCUAGGCUCUUGUUAGUUUUAGUUGAGGGCUUCAUGCAAGGUUUAAGGUAUCGUUGUUAAUCAAUCAUGUAUAUUUCUCCCUGCUGAGACAGGUCGAAAUUUUGUAGGAUAAUUCAAGGCAAUGAUCUAGAAUCAACACCAUUUUGAUCA